AUGGAUUGUAAGGCGGAUGUCAUACCACGGGGCCGCUGCAACACGUGGCCCCCGCCCCUUCAGGAUGACUUACCCACUUCACACUUCUUCCCCCCCGUGUCUCUCUCCUCCCACCAUCCUGGCCAACAGCAGCCAGUGGUGGGCGAGAGCGGCGGGUGCCCAAUGGACCCUCAGACUGCCGCGGUGCCUCCUAACGGCAAUGCCAAGAAAGGUGUCAGCACUCGCAGGAAUGCUUGGGGCGGCAUGAGCUAUGCCGAUCUCAUCACGGCUGCGAUCUCGUCAACACCAGACGGGCGCCUCACCCUCGCUCAGAUCUACGACUGGGUGGUGGCCAACAUCCCUUACUUCAAAGACAAGGGCGACUCCAACUCCUCUGCCGGAUGGAAGAGCCACGCUGUAUAUGUUGAAAACUCGGCACUGGCCGGGGUGAGAAGAGUGACGGACUGGCCGUGA